UAACGGUCCAAUCAGAGCCGUGAUCAUUCCAGACGCCAUUUUGUCCGUACAUAACAGGAAACUGCUGCUGGCCAGUAGGAACCUGUUGCUCGGCAGUUCCGCGUUGGGCGAUGGACGGGGGCAUCCAGUAUGACUGAACAACAGGAACCAAGGACGGAUUCACUCACCGGCAUCUUGGAACAGAUGACAGCUUUUCCUUGUAUUUAGCGUCCAGGUCCGCUUGCUUCUGCUGGCGGGAAAGUCAAACAGUAAAGUUCUUAACACAUACACACACACACAAUAUUUAUGAUAACUAACAUUGAAUUAAUGGGUCAUGCUGUCGAAGCUGCUCUUUGACCCUUCCACACUGAGCUAUUUCUGACGUAGGACAUCAAACUAAGGUCCUCAGGUGAGGACUGACUAGGGUCUUCAACACUAAAUGUGCAAUUUCACACAAAGCAGGUCCAACUGUCGGCACUGGCAGCUCAACUUUCUCUUCUUUUAUUCAUGAGCGGAUCAGUAAGAAGAUCUGAGCUGCUCGCAUUCCCUCAUGUCCAUCAAAGAAGUUUACAAAAAAAAAAAAACAGCAUUAUUGUUCUUGUGUAAAUUGUAACCUCUUUCACCCAGCACUGACUCUUCAUAGACAUACACCAGAGGUGCCCAUUACAUCUAUUGCAAAGGUUGCACGGGUCGAUCGCAUGUGUCACCCACAUCAUAGACAUCACUUUGUAGAUGUCAUAUGACAUCAGUCAGCUGACAUUAAGCUCCACUCCUGAUUCGCUGUUGCGCCUCCGCAGCAAAGAGGAAGUGGUGAACCGACAUCGUCUCAAGAGUCACACAGAAAUGCAAAGUUUAUCUUCCAAUUGCGGAUAAAUUAACUCAGCGGUAGGAUGGUUAUAUCUAUAUAUAUAUAUAUAUAUAUAUAUAUAUCUAUAACAAGUAAAUGGUUUGAUGGCUCUGCUCCACAUCCUGAACUAUAGAAAUGUGUGCUUUCUACACUUUUCUAUGUUAAAGUAUAAUUUCCUUUCCUUUUUGCCUUGACUUCAACUGCAUUGUCUUCUUUAAUAAUUUCCAUUUCUUGUAUAUCUUUAGCGUUUGACAGCAAAUGCUAACUGGAUGUAAUAUAGGAACUUGGUGUAUAGCGAAAGCUAUGAAGCUAUUUUGACUGGCAUACUACUCGGGUUACUUUAUAUACAAAAUUGAGGAAUUAUGUGUAAUUUUCGUUAUUGCCAUAUUGAAUUGAACUGCAAAUUAGUGAAUACUUGUAAAUUUGGAAACUGUAAAAAUACAAAAAUCAGGAGUAUUUAGUAUCAUUGUUUGCUGGUUAGAUUUUAUAUAUACUGUAUGUUUUAUAUUAAAAGGUAGAUCAUUUUGACUUGUAACUUUAAUGCUGUCAAAAUGUGUGCACCCCUGAUAUACAUAUACAAUGAAUACUGACAGUCAAUAGAAACAUUGGGACCAUAUUUUUCAACAUCAUUUUUAUUUUGAAGCCUUUAACUUGAUUUUCCUCAUGCAACAUUUGUUUAGGCUAUUGGCAUACAGAAGCAUAAUAAUAUAAUAAUAAAGCAUAAUACAGAAUAAUUUAAAAACAAAAACCUGGCACCUGCCAAACACAGUCACAACAGUCAACACCGGGUUGAUGCACAAUGUGGCUGCUGAUUGGGUGCUGAUUCAAUCUGGUGUUGUUCAUGCUGGGUGUUUCCUGUGCUGUACGACUGGCACGACGAAACCGGUCCCGCAGGUGUUGCAACCGGAUGGAGCGAUCCCGGUCGGGAGUUGUCACUCUCUCUCGCCCUGGAUGCGGUCUAUCGUCAACAGAGCCUGGCGUGUUGUGGCGUUCAUGCAGGUUUCGGACUGUGGGUUGAGAACAGCCUGGCUAUAUCACUGUAGCUCACACCGACCUCCACCAUACUCGGUGCCCGGAGAUGUUGUUCACAUGAUAAAUGUGGCAUGAUGCCGUUCAAUGGACUAACAGUGCUGGCCUUUUUUGGGGCCUUUUAUAUAGGCCUCCACAACCAGUCCGUAUGCAGACACCCACUGAGUAUUGUGCAUUGUGUAUUUUGUCCACUGUUUUGGACCAACUCAUGUACAAUGAACUGUGACAACAUGACAACUCAUCAUCUCAACUACCCGAGCACUAAGUGAACAAUAAAUCCACAAGCUAUAAUUACAACUCUUACACGUAGAAAUAUGCAUAUAUUUCUACCUCCAAAUUUCUAUUGACUGUCAGCAUACAAAAAUACUAAUUUUUAGAAAUACAUUGUGUCCCAAAAAAUAGAUGUAAUUUUGAAAGCAAUCAUCUUAAACUACUAAGAUCAAUGAAAUUGAACAGUUUAGAUGUUGAACAUCGCAAGUCCAAUUUGUGACCAGCGCUAAACCUUGUAAAAAUAUUAAUCUAAAUAAUUUUAAAGUUUGGGUAGAAGCAGAGGUGUCCAAAAUACUCAUUUCUUAUCUGCGCAUUCUAAGAAUACAGUUACUAUCUAAACAAAAUGCCCGCCAUCCUCUUUAUAUUUUUCAGAAUGUGGCCACAAGUGGAAAAAAGUUUGUACACUCCUGUUUUAGAGUUGUAGGGCACCCUCCACAUGUGACCUAUCUGAGACUCCCCGGUCACAUGACCACAUUCACAACAUUCCUCAUCAUUUAUGCAGUAAUUGUUUUUCAUGUUGUGUUUCAGAGAGGACCUGAGCAGCUUCUCUCUGGUGGUUCAUGUAUCAUGACGACCGCAGCCAAUGGCAACGACAAUGACAAAUUGAAAGGUGACCUGAGAGGUCUCAGCACGCCGUCCAGAGUUGUCCACAUCCGCAAACUUCCCGACGACAUCAGCGAACCUGAAGUAAUCAGCUUGGGCGUUCCCUUUGGAGACGUCACCAACCUGCUGCUGCUCAAAGCCAAGAACCAGGCCUUUUUAGAGAUGAACUCAAUAGAAGCAGCUGAGAACAUGGUGGCCUACUACUCGUCUGUGCUGCCUUUCAUCAGGAACCACCCUGUCUUUGUCCAGUUUUCCAACUACAAGGAACUCAAGACGGAUCACUCCCCUAACCAGGAGAGGGCUCAGGCCGCACUUCGAGCCCUCAGCUCAUCCCAUGUGGACCCGUCUACAGUGCUCACUAGUGCCGUGCUGCGUGUGGUGGUGGAGAACAUGCUGUAUCCUGUCAGUCUCGACGCACUGUGUCAGAUCUUCUCCAAGUUUGGCACUGUUCUGAGGAUCAUCAUCUUCACUAAGAACAGUCAGUUCCAGGCUCUCCUGCAGUACCCUGACGUGAGCAACGCACACAACGCUAAAAUGGCCCUGGAUGGUCAGAACAUCUACAACGGCUGCUGCACUCUGAAGAUCAGCUUCUCCAAGCUGAGCAGCCUCAAUGUCAAAUAUAACAAUGAGAAAAGUCGCGACUUCACCAGGCCUGACCUCCCCAGCGGAGACAACCAGGCCAUCAUGGAGCACCCUCCCAUGGCCACUGCCACAUUCACUCCAGCAGGUAUCAUCUCAGCCCCGCCCUACUCGGCCCCGCACCACACCUUACCCCCUACCUUCACUAUCCAGCCUGCUGGACUGACUGUUCCAGCGCUGCCCGGAGCAUUGACGUCGAUGUCACUCCCAGGGACAACCAGGCUGACAUUCCCCCCUAGCCCUGCUGGACACUGUGUCCUGCUUGUGAGCAACCUCAACCCUGAUAGAGUUACGCCCCACUGCCUAUUUAUCCUCUUCGGUGUUUACGGCGAUGUGAUGAGAGUCAAGAUCCUGUUCAACAAGAAGGACAAUGCUCUGGUUCAGCUGGCUGACACCAUGCAGGCUCAGCUUGCCAUGUAUCACCUGAACGGCCAGCGACUGCACGGGAAGCCUCUCCGCGUCAUGCCCUCGAAGCACGCCAGCGUUGCGCUGCCACGUGAAGGUCAUGAGGAUCAGGGCCUGACCAAAGACUUCAGCUGUUCGCCUCUCCACCGCUUCAAGAAGCCCGGCUCAAAAAACUAUGCCAACAUCUUCCCGCCCUCCGCCACCCUCCACCUCUCCAACAUCCCGCCCUCUGUGCUAGAAGAUGACCUCAAGGUGCUUUUCUCCAGCUCUGGGGCAAAAGUCCACGCCUUCAAAUUCUUUCAGAAGGACCACAAGAUGGCGCUUAUCCAGAUGGCCUCAGUGGACCAAGCCAUCGAGUCCCUCAUCCAGUUCCACAACCAUGACCUGGGAGACCACCACCACCUGAGAGUGUCCUUCUCGAAGUCGGCCAUCUGACCACUUUGCCUUUUGACUUUUGAUCCUUUUUGAUUAUACCUGCGGCCUUAAGCGUCUCCUCCAUCCUGCUUUAGUCUGCUGGACUUUUUAGGCCUUGCCCUGUUGGGGUGGCCUUUUCUGGCCUCGUUAGGCCUGUGUUCAGGUGACGGUGGUGCCUUACUAUUAUCACUAUUAUUAUUAUUAUUACUACUACUACUACUACUACUACUAUGAUUAUUGUUAUCAUUAUUGUUAUUAUUGCUCUGUCAGCUGGUUUACACUUUCUCAUCUUCUCCUUGGCUUUCCAUCUAUUACACAAUCAUGACGGCAUAUUAGAGCAAUAUUUGACGACAUACUUCCGCCUCUGCAUUGCCUCGUACAAUCACGUUUUGUUAUUCAAACCAAAAAGACCAUCAUGUUACACUACAUUCCAGUACAGGUCUGUCUCGUGAAAUGUGCACACGCAGCAAUGGAAGGACUUCAAGUGGUUUAAAAAUGUGGCCGAUGAGUUAAAGGUCUCUGGUCCCAUUCUCAUCUUUGUGCAAUCAUCUAGCAUCGUAGCAUUUGCAUGGCUAGAAUUGUAAGCAUGUUUGACUGUGGCUCACCAUACAUGUUUAUUAACUAUGCCGCUAACGUGCAUAAUGUUAUGUUUAUUAGCGUGUUCAAUGCUGAGGCUGAAUGUUUACUGGCUCAUGUCUGUUUGCUGACAUAGCUAAUGUUCGAUAUUCACUAGCAUGUGGGCUAAUAUCUUACCAGCGAGGCAACGCAUGUUUGCUUCUGUGGCUGAUACUGUAUGCAUAUUGGUGUGCUUGCUACUGUUGCUAAUACCGUAUGUUUUUUAGCAUGCACACUGAUGCUUCUUGAUGUUUGCCUGAUGAUGAGUUACUUAUCAGCGUCUCACGAAGAACCUUCUGAUUGAUACCAAAAGAGAACUUCAUUCAGGAGCGUCAAAGGUGAUUGUCCACUUAACUUGUUUUGGGUCCUGUUGACAUGCGUGUCGGUCACAUGGGGAUGUGACAUCCCAACAUUCCUUCAUGUUGCACUGAUUGUUACGUUUAAACUGUUUUUAAAUUCAUUUCCCAGCUGACUUGAACGCAUCACAAGAGAAGCAGGACUGGGCUGGUUGUGGGCUGGGCGUUUAUUAAGUGUACAUAGAUGUUUUAUACCACAGGUUGGUGUUUUUUAUUAGUUUUAUUUUAUUUGAUGCAAGUGUGACACCUGUCAACCAACCCUCAACAAUAAAUGAAACAAGUUUUUAUUUAA